UAUACUCUCCAUUCCCUGAAAUUUCCCAUUUUUCAUUUCAAUAAAAAAAAAAAAAGAAAAAAAAAACUAUAUAGAUACCAAUUUAUAACAUCAUUUCUUAGUUUCAUUUCUAACCAAAUAUAACGAUGCAAGUUUCCAACCACCACCACGACUUAGAACCGUGGCACAAUCUCGCCGGAAAAGUCGUGCUCGUCACUGGCGCUUCUGCCGGAAUCGGCCGUGUAUUCUGUCUCGAUCUCGCUCGAGCCGGCUGCCGUGUCAUUGCUGCGGCUCGUCGGGUAGAUCGCUUAGCGUCGCUCUGCGAUGAAAUCAAUCAAGGAGUGCAGUUGGUGGAUCAGGAAAGAAGCCUCCGUGCCGUUGCCGUAGAAAUUGAUGUCGCCGCCGACGGCUCCGUCAUUGAGAAUUACGUUAAGAAGGCGUGGGAGGUUUUUGGGCAUAUUGAUGUGGUGAUUAAUAACGCGGGUUUUAGAGGAAAUGUGAGUUCACCCUUGGAAUUAUCUGAGGAAGAAUGGAAUAAAGUAUUUAGAACAAACAUAACCGGUACAUGGUUGGUGUCAAAGUAUGUAUGCAAGCUCAUGCGUGAUGCAAAAAUAAAAGGAUCAAUUAUCAAUAUCUCUUCAAUUGCUGGCUUAGAUCGAGGCCAACUGCCUGGAGCUACUGCAUAUGCAUGUUCAAAGGGAGCUGUCAAUAUGCUAACAAAGGUGAUGGCAUUGGAAUUGGGGGCACACAAAAUCAGAGUGAAUUCAAUAUCACCUGGACUUUUCAAAUCUGAAAUUACUGCAGAUUUGAUGGAGAAACAUUGGCUACUUAAUGUUGCCAAAAAAACAGUACCAUUGAGAAGUUUUGGCACUUCAAAUCCAGCAUUAACUUCAAUAGUUCGAUAUUUAAUUCACGAUUCUUCUGAAUAUGUGACUGGAAAUAUUUUUAUUGUUGAUGCUGGUGCAACCAUACCGGGCGUGCCUAUUUAUUCCUCACUAUGAAAUAUAUUGUAUGCAACUUGAUAUACACAUUUUUGAGAACAUGUAUUAUGUUCUCAUGGUUACUUAGUCUAUAGGAAUAUUAUGAUCUUUUUGUUCUUGCACCUAUAUUAAUAAAGAAAAUUUUGACAUUGUAAUAAUAUACAAGAUAACUCGUUUAAUAGCAUCUCCAACUGUAGCCAAAUACAUUAGACUGUUAUUUAUGUAAAAUUCAUUUUUUGGCGAGUUCA